GGCGCACACAGCGUCUGGAAACGUGCGACAAGAGACAGAACUGGGUGCUGAUACACUGAUAAGACCGGUACACUGGGGAGGACUAUUAUUAGAAGAACGGAACUUUGAAACACCAUUUCGUUUCACUCUGCGAGCUCUCCAGUUUUCUGGCAUGAUGUCGGUGAACGCCCCCAAUAGCAAUGACGCCUGCCUGAGCAUCGUGCACAGCCUGAUGUGUCAUCGGCAGGGCGCGGAGAACGAGGGCUUCGCCAAGCGCGCCAUCGAGAGCCUGGUCAAGAAGCUGAAGGAGAAGAAGGACGAGCUGGACUCGCUCAUCACCGCCAUCACCACCAACGGAGUCCACCCCAGCAAGUGUGUCACCAUCCAGAGGACGCUGGACGGCAGACUACAGGUUGCCGGGAGGAAAGGUUUCCCCCAUGUCAUCUACGCUCGACUGUGGCGCUGGCCUGACCUGCACAAGAACGAGCUGAAGCACGUCAAGUUCUGCCAGUACGCCUUCGACCUCAAGUAUGACAACGUCUGUGUCAACCCCUACCAUUACGAGAGGGUGGUGUCACCUGGCAUUGUGGGACUCAGUAUACAAAGUACGGGUCCCCCAGGGCGUCUGAUUAAGGAGGAGUACGGUGGUCAUGACUGCAUCCAGAUGGACCUGCCCCCCCUGAGGAUGCCGUCUCAGCCCCCCCCCAGCCACCUCUCCGUCUCCGCGGAAACGCACUACAGACAGCCCCUCCCCCCGCUGCAGCUCCACCCGGAACCCUCGCACCCGCACUCGCACCCGCUCCCCUCGCCCGUCGGUCACUACGGAAACAUCCCCCGCUCGCCGCCAGCGACGGGGCCGAUGAUGUCCAUGCCAGGGGGCCACAGCGUGAGCGAGGGGGGGGGCCUGUUGCAGAUGGCAUCCCCCGGGGGCCGGAGCCUUGCCUCCACACCCCCGCCCCCCUCCACCCCCACCCACGCCCCCCCGCACACCCCCUCCAGCCAGGCGGACUACGCCCCCCCAAAACACUCACAGGCAGCGGGCCAGGGCACCUUCCACACAACUUGGACAGGCAGUAGCACGGCCUCCUAUACGCCCGUAGGACCCCAACAGAACGGACGGAGUCACCAGCAGCAGUCCACACAUCAGCAACCUCCACAUCACUUCUGGUCCCAACAUCACACUCCAGCCUCGUUUCCUCAGCCCGUAUCUAAUCAUCCAGGUCCAGAGUUCUGGUGCUCGAUCUCCUACUUUGAGAUGGACAUCCAGGUGGGGGAGAUGUUCAAGGUUCCGGCCAACUGCGCCGUGGUAACGGUGGACGGCUACGUGGACCCGUCCGGCGGGGACCGGUUCUGUCUCGGGCAGCUUAGCAACGUCCACCGCACGGACGCCAGUGAACGGGCACGGCUCCACAUUGGUAAAGGCGUGCAGCUGGAGUGUCGUGGCGAGGGUGACGUCUGGAUGCGUUGCCUUAGCGACCACGCUGUGUUUGUGCAGAGCUUCUACCUGGACAGGGAGGCCGGCAGAGCACCGGGAGACGCCGUCCACAAGAUAUACCCUGGAGCCUACAUCAAGGUGUUUGAUCUGCGUCAGUGCCAUCGUCAGAUGCAGCAGCAGGCGGCCACAGCUCAGGCAGCAGCUGCGGCCCAGGCGGCGGCCGUGGCGGGAAACAUCCCCGGACCGGGCAGCGUGGGAGGCAUCGCCCCCGCCGUCAGUCUCUCCGCGGCUGCCGGUAUCGGCGUAGACGACCUGCGCCGGCUCUGUAUCCUGCGCCUGAGCUUCGUGAAGGGCUGGGGGCCGGACUACCCGCGCCAGAGCAUCAAGCACACCCCCUGCUGGGUGGAGGUCCACCUGCACCGCGCCCUGCAGCUGCUGGACGAGGUGCUGCACUCCAUGCCCUUAGCUGACCCAGGACCAGCCAACUGAGGACCUUAGCUGACCCAGGACCUGCCAACUGAGGACCUUAGCUGACCCAGGACCUGCCAACUGAGGACCUUAGCUGACCCAGGACCAGCCAACUGAGGACCUUAGCUGACCCAGGACCUGCCAACUGAGGACCUUAACUGACCCAGGACCUGCCAAAUGAGGACCUUAGCUGACCCAGGACCUGCCAACGGAGGAGCGAAGACAUUUACACCACACGACCCAUUUAUCCACUCCAUGCCAUUAGCUGACCCAGGACCUGCUAACUGAGGAGCAGACGCCCAGGGCCAGCCAACACAUCCCUACCACCACCCAUCUCUCCACUCCAUGCCUUUUCUGACCCAGGCCAACUCUCUGCCAACUGAGGACCAAAUAAGCCCUGUAUACCUCCUCUUCUCUCCUGACCCUGGACCUGCCAACUGAGGAGCGGACACCCAGG